UUGGUAUGGCUCUCUACUAGUCUCCUAAUAAAUCCAUGGGCGGUGAUAACACUCAUUCAGGUGCGGUAACCAUCGAAAGGAGACAAAAGACAAGACAAUUUAUUUUGUUGUGACUUCAGCCACAGCCAGUUCAGCCUAGCCUAGCUUUUUUGAAACUGAACAAGACAGCAUCAAAGCAGAGUAAAUCAACAUACAACGUACAGGUGAAACCAUGGCAUUCAAGAGUCAAAUAAGCGAUGUCGUCAAUCAACUCUAUGACAUUGGAGGACUGAAAUUUGGCGAUUUCGUGAUUAAAAGUGGACGCAGAUCACCAAUUUAUGUUGACUUACGGGUGAUCAUUUCCCAUCCAAAACUCAUGAAUGAGAUCUCCAAGCUGAUGUGGGACUUUGCUUCGUCCAAUAUUCAGAAGUGUGACUCAUUGUGUGGCGUGCCUUACACAGCCCUACCGAUAGCAACUCUGAUUUCUGCUAGGCAAGAAAUUCCAAUGCUAAUCAGGCGCAAAGAGGCCAAAGGUUAUGGCACCAAGAAGCUCAUCGAGGGAGAUAUCAACGCUGGGGAAUCGUGUGUCAUAAUUGAAGAUGUCGUCACUACUGGUUCAAGUGUUUUGGAGACAGUGGCUGAUCUUAGAAAAGAAGGACUGGUGGUGACUGAUGCCAUAGUAAUUGUUGACCGAGAGCAAGGUGGUCCCAAAAAUCUGGAAAAGGAAGGAAUUAAUUGCCACAGUGUGUGCACGUUGAUGCAGAUGAUGGACAUUUUAAAAGCGAGUGGUAAAGUUGACGACUUAAUGUUGGAAAAAGUUCAAGCCUACUUGCAAGACAACAAUGACAGUACUCCAGUUUAUCCAGUUACCAAAGUGAACAAACGGACCAUCUCCUUUGAGACCAGAGCAGAAAAGGCUCCCUGCGAAGUGUCGAAAAAUCUUCUUCAAUUGAUGGCCCGCAAAAGGUCCAAUCUCUGUGUUGCUGCUGAUGUUGGCAGUGCAAGCGAUUUGUUGGAAAUAGCCAAACAAGUUGGACCGUAUAUUUGUGUCCUGAAGACUCACGCUGAUGUUACUGCCAACUUCACUCAAGAUGUAGCAGACGACCUCAUUUUGCUGGCUCAGCAAAUGGACUUCAUGAUUCUGGAAGACAGGAAAUUCGCUGACAUUGGUAACACUGUUGCCAAGCAAUAUAGUGGUGGGUAUUUUGAUAUCUCCCGCUGGGCCGAUCUUGUGACCGUCCACUCCCUACCUGGAGAGGGAGUUUUGCAAGCGAUUCAGGGGGAGAGCGAAAAACUAGGCGCACCUAGGGGUUGCUUCUUGCUUGCCGAGAUGAGCAGUGAAGGAAACCUAAUAACUAUGGAAUAUAUUAAAGGGACAACCCAGAUGGCUACAAAAUACCCCAAGAUCGUGGCUGGCCUAGUGUGCCAGUCAUUGCUCCUUGCCGACCAAGUUGGAUUGGUGCAGCUCACCCCUGGUGUUCGAAGAGGAGAGGUCAAAGAAGAUGGCCUGGGCCAGCAAUGGGUAACCCCAGAAGAGGCCGUAAUUGAUAAAGGUGGUGACGUGAUAGUCGUUGGACGUGGAGUAACAGCUGCUAAAAAUCCUGCUGUUGAAGCCAAACUUUAUAGAGAUGAUCUUUGGGCUGCUUAUGAAAAAAGGAUUUUGGCUUAAUACACUGGAUAUGAAUUAUCAAUGGUGGCAG